UUUAAAACUUAACGGGGGAAGAAUGUGACGACGCUCACAGAUUUGUCCCGUCGGCUUCUCAUUCAGCCUCCAGCAUGGAGCCGGACUGCACAGAGCGAUGCGGAAUACGAAGAUAAACGCAACGGUUACUUGUAUGAAGACUUCAUGAAGCUAAAACCAUGGGAUUACAAACGAAGUGGUUAUGGUUGAGUUUUUUUCUCCAAGUAACUUUAUGUGGAUGUUUUGAUUUACACAUCUCAGAGACUUUACAAGCGGGGACCUUGGUGGCUAAUUUAUCUCUUGGACCUGGAUGGAGUUACAAAAUUGUCAGAACAUUGACUCCGAGAUAUGUUUCGAACUUUUUGAAAUUAGGGCGAAAUGAUGGAAUAUUAACUCUUUCGAAAAAAGUUGCUUGUGCGCGCUUGCAGAAGAACCCAGCGCCUUUGUAUUUUCAGAUCACUUCUUUGACAUCUGAAAACUUCGUGUUAACCCACUUCAAUGCGUAUGUGCAUGGACAGGAUUGUUUUAUCAAGUAUAAAAGAAAGAACCUGACGCCUGACGCGUUUAUGUCUUUCGGAUUGGAAGGAUGGACUUCCCCAUGCUUUACAAUAAGUGAUUUGCUUUUGGAUAUAAGCAAACAUGUUCCUGUGGCUAAUCGAGGCUUUCACUCACAUCAUUCUGUAUGUUUGGAAAAAAACGUAAAACCCAUCAAUAAAGUAAGCAGUGGACAUGAUAGCGGGGAUAUCUGUGUCCAUAAUAAGGAGCGUAGAGAAUUGGACCUUUUCUGUAACGUGCGUAACUCCAUGAACACUGAGUUUUUCGUGCGUUUAAAAUUAAGACUUCGAUCUAAACCGAAGCAUGGAUUGUUUAUGGACGCUGCUCAGGAAGAUCUAUGGACCAAACGUAAGAAGAGAAAUGUGAACACUGCUCCACAGUUUCAACUGCCGAACUACCAGGUGUCUGUCCCGGAGAACGAACCAUCGGGAACGCGUGUGAUAACUUUGAAAGCACUAGAUACAGAUGAUGGAGAUGCGGGGAAAGUUGACUAUGAUAUGGAGGCCCUUUUUUACAGUAGGUCUAAUGACUACUUUCAAAUUAACACUGAGACCGGUAGUGUGACAACUUUGCAACCCCUGGACCGAGAGGUAAAAGAUACACAUGUUUUCAAAGUCACUGCAACUGAUUCUGGUGUUCCCAAAAGAUCCGCCACUGCCUAUCUGACUAUCACAGUUAGCGAUACGAACGAUCAUAGUCCUGUGUUUGAACAGUCCGAGUACAGGGUCAGCAUCCGUGAAAAUGUUGAGGUGGGGUUUGAGGUCAUGACAAUUAGGGCAACAGAUGGUGACGCGCCGUCAAACGCGAAUAUGGUUUAUAAGAUUGUGAACGAGGAAAGCUUGGGGGGAGGAUUUGAAAUCGAUCCCAGGAAUGGACUGGUUAAAACAACAAUUCGUCCAGAUCGAGAAAUCAUGUCCCAGUAUAAGCUAAUAGUCGUGGCAAAUGACCAGGGAAGAGACCCGGGACCGCGGAGUGCCACAGCCACAGUGCACAUCACGGUGGAGGACGAGAAUGACAACUAUCCCCAGUUCACUGAGAAACGCUAUGUUGUACACGUGCAAGAAAACAUACCGGUGAACUCCCAAGUGGCUCUUGUGAAAGCCACCGACAAUGAUAAAGGAAAUAAUGCUAAAGUGCACUACAGCAUCAUCAGUGGCAACGUGAGGGGACAGUUUUACAUCCACUCUCCAACAGGGGCCAUAGAUGUGACUAGUGCUCUGGAUUACGAGACCAUGAGAGAGUAUACCUUACGCGUAAAGGCACAAGACGGGGGGCGGCCACCACUUAUUAACAGCACCGGUCUGGUUGUGGUUCAAGUGGUGGAUGUCAAUGAUAAUGCUCCCAUGUUUGUGAGUACACCAUUCCAAGCUUCUGUUUUAGAGAAUGUGGCCAUUGGCUACUCUGUGAUUCACAUUCAGGCCAUUGAUGGAGACUCAGGGAGUAAUGCCCAUCUGGAGUACAGACUGACCGACAUGCAGCCCGGCUUCCCGUUCACCAUCAACAACAGCACAGGCUGGAUCACCGUGUGCGUGGAACUGGACCGCGAGACCACCGAGUUCUACACGUUUGGCGUGGAAGCGAGAGAUCAUGGGGUGCCCGUCAUGUCCUCCUCUGCCAGCGUGAGUGUGACCGUGCUGGACGUGAACGACAACGUCCCCACGUUCACGCAGAAAGUGUACUCUCUGAAGAUCAACGAGGACGCAGUGGUGGGGACCAGCGUGGUGACCGUGAUGGCUAUUGACCGGGACGUGAACAGUGUGGUGACCUAUCAGAUUUCCAGUGGGAACACGAGGAACAGGUUCGCCAUCAUCAGCCAGAGCGGCGGCGGCCUCAUCUCACUGGCCCUGCCCCUCGACUACAAGCAGGAGCGGCAGUACGUCUUGACCGUGACGGCGUCUGACGGCACGCGCCAAGACACAGCGCAAGUGUUCAUCAACGUCACGGAUGCAAACACUCACCGGCCCGUGUUUCAGAGCGCAAACUACCAAGUCCUGGUCAGUGAGGACCGGCCUGUGGGCUCCACGGUGGUCGUGAUCAGCGCCACGGACGAGGACACGGGGGAGAACGCUCGCAUCACCUACGUCAUGGAGGACAACGUGCCGCAGUUUAAGAUCCACCCGGACACAGGGGCCAUCACCACCCUGACAGAGAUUGACUAUGAAGACCAGGCGUCUUACACACUGGCCAUCAUUGCUCGGGACAACGGCAUUCCCCAGAAGUCGGACACAACCUAUGUGGAGAUCAUUGUGCUGGACGCCAAUGACAACGCGCCACAGUUUGUGCGGGACCUGUACCAGGGCACGGUGUUAGAGGAUGCUCCCGUUUACACUAGUGUUCUCCAGGUGUCUGCCUCAGACAGGGACUCGGGGUCCAAUGGGAGGGUCAGCUACACCUUCCAGGGUGGAGAGGAUGGAGAUGGAGAUUUCUUCAUUGAGCCUUACUCGGGUAUCAUCCGAACGGCACGCAAGCUGGACAGAGAGAACGUGCCUGUGUACAGCCUGAAAGCCUUCGCUGUGGAUAAAGGAGUUCCACCCCUGAAGGCAGCUGUGGACGUGCAGAUAUCAGUGCAGGACAUUAAUGACAACGCACCCGUGUUUGAGAAAGACGAGUUGUUCAUUUUCGUGAAGGAAAACAGUCCUGUGGGGUCCACAGUGGCGCGGAUCACAGCCACAGAUCCUGACGAGGGGACAAACGCCCAGAUCCUGUACCAGAUCGUGGAGGGGAAUGUCCCAGAGGUGUUUCAGCUGGACAUAUUCAGCGGAGAUCUGAUUGCGCUGACCGAUCUGGAUUAUGAAUCCAAGAUGGAGUACGUGAUCGUGGUGCAGGCCACCUCUGCGCCUCUCGUAAGCCGGGCCAUCGUGCACAUCCGUCUGCUGGACAUCAACGACAACACCCCCGUGCUGCAGAACUUCGAGAUCAUUUUCAACAACUACGUCACCAACAAGUCCAACAGUUUCCCCUCGGGAGUUAUCGGAAGGGUCCCGGCGCACGACCCCGACGUGUCCGACAAGCUGCUCUACACAUUUGUGGAGGGGAAUGAGCUGAGUCUGCUGCUUCUAGACCAGGCCACCGGGGAGCUCAAGCUGAGCAGAGAUCUGGACAACAAUCGGCCUCUGGAGGCCACCAUGCAGGUGUCGGUGACGGAUGGACUCCACAGCAUCAGUGCCCAGUGCACACUGCGCGUCACCAUCAUCAGCGACGCCAUGCUGACCAGCAGCAUCACCGUGCGCCUGGAGAACAUGUCCCAGGAGCGCUUCCUGUCUCCGCUGCUGUCGCUCUUCGCCCGCGGUGUGGCCGCCAUCCUGUCCACGGGCCCCGACGCCGUCUUCAUCUUCAACGUCCAGAACGACACGGACGUGGCGCACGCCGGCGCCACCAUCCUCAACGUCACCUUCUCGGCCCUGCUGCCCGGCGGAUCUGGACGCUUCUUCCCGUCCGAGGAGCUCCAGGAGCGCGUGUACCUGAACCGCACGCUGCUGCGUCAGCUGUCCGGUCAGCGCGUGCUGCCCUUCGAUGACAACGUGUGCCUGCGCGAGCCCUGCCAGAACUACAUGAAGUGCGUGGCGGUGCUGCGCUUCGACAGCUCAGCGGCCUUCAUCUCGUCCCACACCGUCCUCUUCCGGCCCAUCCACCCCGUGGCCGGACUACGCUGCCGCUGCCCCGACGGCUUCACGGGCGACUACUGCGAGACGGAGAUCGACCUCUGCUACUCGGGGCCGUGCCAGAACAGCGGACGCUGCAUCAGCCGCGAGGGCGGCUACACCUGCGAGUGUCCGGCCGACUUCACAGGUGAGCGCUGCGAAGUGAACGCGCGGUCAGGCCGCUGCGUGCCGGGCGUGUGCAAGAAUGGCGGCCGCUGCGUGGAUCUGCUGGUGGGCGGCUUUAUGUGCCAGUGCCCCGAGGGGGAGUACGAGAAGCCCUACUGCGAGAUGACCACACGCAACUUCCCUGGCCAGUCCUUCAUCACCUUCCGAGGCCUGAAACAGCGCUUCCACUUCACCGUGUCUCUCAUGUUUGCCACUCGGGAGAGGAAUGCCCUGCUGCUGUACAAUGGGAGGUUCAACGAGAAGCACGACUUCAUCGCCUUGGAGAUCUCCGAGGAGCAGAUCCAGUUGACCUUCUCUGCCGGAGAAACUAAAACAUCCGUGUCUCCAUUCAUCCCUGGAGGGGUCAGCGAUGGUCAGUGGCACAUUGUCCAGUUGCACUACUACAACAAGCCCAACAUCGGGCGACUCGGCACCCCCCAUGGACCCUCAGGGGAGAAGGUGGCUGUGGUUGCCGUUGACAACUGUGACGUUGCCAUGUCGGUGCGUUUUGGGGGCCAGAUCGGAAACUACAGCUGUGCGGCUCAGGGCACUCAGACUGGACAGAAGAAGUCUCUGGACCUGACAGGACCCCUGCUGCUGGGCGGGGUGCCCAACCUUCCAGAGGACUUCCCCGUGCGCAGCCGCGACUUCGUAGGCUGCAUGAGGAACCUGACCAUCGACAGCAAGCCCAUGGACAUGGCCAGCUUUAUCGCCAACAACGGCACCACUGCAGGCUGUGAUGCCAGAAGAGACUUCUGCUCGAAUAGCGCGUGUCAGAACGGAGGACUGUGCGUGAACAAGUGGAACACACACUCCUGCAGUUGCCCGCUGGGCUACGGAGGAAAGAACUGUGAACAUGUCAUGCCCUCCCCUCAGCACUUUGACGGACACGCUCUGGUGUCUUGGACCGACCCGGACAUCACCAUCGCCGUGCCCUGGUACAUGAGCCUGAUGUUCCGCACCCGCAAGGGCACGGGCACUCUGGUGCAGGCCAACGCCGGGGACUUCUCCAAAAUCGUUCUGCUGAUCAGCAACCGGCACGUCCGCUUCCAGGUCUUCCUGGGGGUGACCCGGGUGGCUCUGCUGGACCUGUCCAAGGUCCGUGUGAAUGACGGGGAGUGGCAUCACCUUCUCAUGGAGCUGAAGAGUAUCAAAGACGGGAAGGACAUCAAGUACAUGGCUCUGGUGUCUCUAGACUACGCCAUGUUUCAGCGGACCGUAGAGAUUGGGAACGAGCUGCCAGGCCUGCGGCUGAAGAGUCUGUACGUAGGAGGCAUCCUCAAGAAAGACGGUUCCGUGCAGAACGGGUUCCAUGGUUGCAUACAGGGCGUGAGAAUGGGAGAGACCGCCACCAACACGGCCAACAUCAACAUGCGGCAGGCCCUGCGUCUGCGUGUGGAGGAGGGCUGUGAGGUGCCCGACGCCUGCCAGGCCUCCGCCUGCCCACUGCACAGCCGCUGCAGGGACACCUGGGGCUCCCACUCCUGCGUCUGCCAGCCAGGCUACUUCGGGCGGGACUGUGUGGACGCAUGCCUACUGAACCCCUGUGAGCACUCGUCCUCCUGCGUGCGCCGGCCUGCCGACCCCCGCGGCUACAGCUGUGAGUGCGGCCAAGACUCUUACGGCCAGUACUGCCAGAACAAAGCAGAGCAGCCGUGUGCCCGUGGCUGGUGGGGUAACCCCGUGUGCGGCCCAUGCAAGUGUGACGCCAGCAAAGGAUUCCACCGGGACUGCAACAAAACCACCGGAGAGUGCCGCUGUAAGGAUAACUAUUAUCGGCAGCUGGGCAGCGACACCUGUUUGCCCUGCGACUGCUUCCCUCUGGGAGCGCACGCCCGCACCUGUGACCCUCUCACGGGGCAGUGCGCCUGCAAGACUGGCGUGGUGGGCCGCCAGUGCAACCGCUGUGACAACCCCUUCGCUGAGGUGACGCCCAACGGAUGCGUGGUGGUUUACGACGGGUGCCCCAAGGCCUUCGAUGCGGGUAUCUGGUGGCCCAAGACGGCAUUCGGACGCCCCGUGGCCAUUAAUUGCCCCAAAGGAUCCACAGGGACGGCAAUCCGGCACUGCAGCGAUGAGAAGGGAUGGCUGCCGCCACAGCUCUUCAACUGCACCUCCACCUCAUUCGCCCAGCUCAAGAGAGAGAAUGAGGAGCUGCGGGGGAACGUGUCCAUGCUGGAUGCUGAGAGGUCCAGGAGCCUCGCUGACCAGCUGCGCUCCGCCACCGACCAGACCCCACAUCUCUACGGCAACGACGUCAAGAUGGCCUACCGGCUGCUGGCCCUGGUGCUGCAGAGGGAGAGCCAACAGCAGGGCUUUGAGCUGACCGCCACACACGACACGCUCUUCAACGAGAAUGUCUUCAAAGCUGGCAGCGCUAUUCUUGACCCGGUUAACAAAGAGCAUUGGGAUCAGAUCCAACACUUGGAGGGGGGCUCCGCUGUUUUGCUGCGAGGCUUCGAGGACUACGCCAACACCAUGGCCCUGAACAUGAAGAAGACCUACCUGAAGCCCUUCACUGUUGUAACUGAAAACAUGAUUGUGUCUGUGGACUAUGUGGAUGCCUCUGGCUUAGACGUGAGGAAGAUGCCUCGUUUCCAUGAGAUUCAGGAGGCCUACUCUAGAGAGCUGGAGUCCUCGGUCCUCUUCCCAGACCUGUCCCCCAGCAGACCAGCAGAGCACAAAGUGUUGGUCACUGAAGAGCCUCCUGUAGAGAGCAGCCCUGGGCAGGACAAUAUAGACCCCACAGUCCAAACAGAGUCUCCUGAUGCCAUUGUGCCAUCUGUGAAAAAAAGACGCCACACCGAGAUGGAUGACCCUCCCCUUGUUGCCGUGGUGAUUGUCCACAAAUCUCUCGGCCAGCUCUUGCCGGAGAGCUACGACACCGAUCGCCGGAGUUUGAGGCUGCCCAACCGGCCGGUCAUCAACACCCCUAUUGUGAGCAUGGCCAUGCACAGGGAUGGGGAGCCCCUAGUGGCCACUCUGGAGCGCCGCAUCACCGUGCACCAUCGGCUUCUGGUGUCGACAGAGAGGACCAAGCCCCAGUGUGUGUACUGGAACCACAGCAUUGGGGUCUCGGGUGCAGGCGCCUGGUCCUCUAAAGGCUGUGAGAUGGUCUUCAGGAACAGCAGCCACAUCAGCUGCCAGUGCAACCACAUGAGCAGCUUUGCUGUGCUCAUGGAUAUCUCCAAGAGAGAGCAUGGGGAUGUGCUGCCCCUGAAGGUGGUCACCUACACCACGGUGUCGGCUUCGCUGGUGGCCCUCCUCAUCACCUUCCUCCUGCUGGCCAUCCUGCGGAGGCUGCGCUCCAACCUGCACAGCAUCCACAAGAGUCUGGUGGCAGCCAUUUUUCUUUCCGAACUCAUCUUCCUCAUGGGCAUCAACCAGACCGACAGUCCGUUUGUGUGCACGGUGGUGGCCAUUCUUCUGCAUUACUCCUACAUGUGCACGUUUGCCUGGAUGUUUGUGGAGGGUCUGCACAUCUACCGCAUGCUAACCGAGAUGCGUAACAUCAACCAGGGACACAUGCGCUUCUACUACGCCAUCGGCUGGGGCAUCCCCGCCAUCAUUACAGGGUUGGCAGUGGGCCUGGACCCCCAGGGCUAUGGGAAUCCAGACUUCUGCUGGCUGUCAGUCCAUGACACCCUCAUAUGGAGCAUCGCCGGGCCCAUAGCUGUUGUAGUGCUGAUCAACAUUGUAAUAUUUGUGCUGGCUGCCAAAGCGUCUUGUAGGCGGAACCAGCGCACCUUUGAGAAGUCUGGAGCAGUAUGUGCACUGCGUGUGGCCUUCCUGCUGCUGCUGCUCAUGAGCGCCACCUGGCUGUUGGGCCUCAUGGCCGUCAACAGUGACGUGCUGACCUUCCACUACCUCUUCGGCAUCCUCAGCUGCCUGCAGGGUAUCUGCACCUUCUUCUUCCACUGCAUAUUCAACAGAGACGUGCGAAAGAACCUAAAGGAUGUCUUCACUGGGAAGAAACUCCAGGUGGAGGAGUCGAGCACAACCAGGGCCACCCUUCUGACUCGCUCUCUGAAUGGUAAUACGUACAUAGAGGACGGAGCUUUGUAUAGGACUCCUAUCGGAGAGUCCACUGUGUCUUUGGAGAGCAAAUUCAGGUCCAAGAGUCACAGCAGCAGCUACCUCGCCUUCACACUCAGGGAAGACUCGGCCCAGAAACGAGGUGGAUCCCAGGGCACCUCGGCCAAAGGAGGUCCCGACGAAGGCGACUCAUCCCUCUUCUACCGCAAGAGCAAAAAGGGUGUUGAUUCUGAUUCUGACAGCGAGUUGUCUGUGGAUGAGCACAGUAGCUCCUACGCCUCCUCCCACUCCUCAGACAGUGAGGCCGAGGACAUGAGCCCCAAGCCCAAGUGGAACAACGAGAGAACCCCAAUGCACAGCACCCCCAAAGUGGAUACAGUGUCCAAUCAGAUGAAGCCUUACUGGCCCGUGGAGCCCCCCACAGCCAGUGAGAGGGAAGAUACUAGUGGGGGGGAGGAGCUGCGCGUGGAGACCAAGGUGAACGUGGAGCUGCAUCAGGAGUACAAGCUGAACCACAACGGAGACGCACCGCAGGAGAAGCUCAGCCCAGCCAGCCAACCCAGGAGCAACCGCCAACCGGAACAGAGGAAAGGUAUCCUGAAGAACAAGAUCACCUACCCCCCUCCAUUAACAGACAAGAACAUGAAGAACAGACUAAGGGAGAAGCUCAGUGACUACAACUCCUCCACGACUCCCUCCAAAACGCCGUCCAUCGACUCCACCGAGGGCAUCCGCUCCAUCACGGGGGGCAUCCGCUCCAUCAUCAAACCCCCGCCCAGGCUGCCCGUGCCCCCUCGCAACGGCCUCACCGUGGAGCUGGGCACAGAGCUGGAGCCCGUGAACGGCGGAGACGGAGAUGGAGAUGGGUCAGAUUCAGAUGGAAGCAAUGAGACCUCUAUCUGAAGAGUCCAUGCAGAUCUCUGUCGUUCCAAGAAGGAUCCACAGUGUCUCCCAUGAGGUUGCGGAGACAGGACUCUACAGGAGCCUGUGGGGGACUAAACUCUACCUGUGGUCCUGGCCAAACACAGCACUUCACUCGUGUGGAGGACAGUCUGCAUGGCUGUGGUCCUCACCCUGGCCUGAGGAGAAAAGGGAAGAAUGUACAGCAAAGUAAGUGCCACUGAUCAAGACGAGGACUCCAUUUGGGUGACUGAGCCCUGCACACACCUGUGACCUGAGACCUAUCGCGUGCCAAGCACAACGCAAUGUGAAAUGGCCAAGACUUGACUUGACGCAAUGUGAAAUGGCCAAGACUUGACUUGACGUGACGCAAUGUGAAAUGGCCAUGGACAAGACUUGCGGGGCCUAUUGAGCUCUUUGGAGGUCCGCUCUGAGAGAGCUCAAGCAUGGUGUUCAUUCAGUGGCCCCUCUUCUGAGAGAGCUCAAGCACGGUAUUCAUUCAGUGGCCCCUCUUCCAGCAUCUAGUCUUCACUAGUGAAGGCAGGCAAGUUUACGCUCAUAAAGUCAAGAAGUCAGCACAAUAUGGACCUUGUUGACCUUGUUGUUAAGUCUCAAAAUAAGUACCUUUUGCUUGUUGUUGUAGAUAUUUUGUACUUUAAUUGAUUUAUAGUUGGAAUAAACAUUUGUAAAUUGUAAUUAGUUUUUUUAAACCCAUAUUGUAUUUCUGUUUAAAUGUGUUAUUUGUUGUUUUUUUUACAGUCCAAGACAUUUUUUGGUAGAACACAGAUGAUAAAUGUGGUGCCUAUUUUCACGUCGUACUAUCAGUCCCUCUUGAGAAGACCGAAUAGUUAGGAAGGUAAAGUUAGUUACAGUAAUCAGUUAAACAUAACCAUGCACAGCACAUUUAAUCCAAAUGUGUCUUUGGCAGGACUAUUCAAAUAGUGAUUUGCAUUUAAUGUGUUCAUAUCUGGUCAUGUUUGAAUUCUUAUUUAUUUAUGUUGUAUAUGUGACAUGAAGAAGUGCUGAACUUUUUUAUUUUUCUUUCAUCUGAAUAUCAGGACAUUUUCAUAUAAACAUGUAACUGAACAUGCUAAAGAAGCAUCCCACAAGGCUAAAGGAGUGAUUGCAUCAGCAAAAGAACCAAAUGGCACAGUCAAAAAUGUACAUUAUAAACUUGUCAAACUAUUUUUGUAAGCCUAUGGCUAGUUCAGUCCUCAGUAAUUGUAGGAGUCAGCUGCUAGUGAUAGGCCAAGAUUUUUUCAGCAUUCUGUAUUUUGGUAACACAUUUAGAUUAUUUGUGCUCUGUGCUUCUGCAGGCCUUUUUCAAUACAGUGUAGUUUGACUGAAAUAGAUAUUAUACAGAGAAAUAUAAAUUCCCACCUGCCCGAUCCGUUUUUUAAACCCUUAAUCCUGAAGCCUUUUGAAAUGUCAGUGAGUGCCAACGCCGUUAUCUAUUACUGUACCAAUGCUGUUUCAUAAACCACAGUGUUCUUGCUUAAUAGAGACAUUUUUGAAAGCUGAUUCCAACUCCAUUUUUAUCCAUAAAUGCAGUGAUGUAUUAGGUUAAGCCUUGACAAGAUUUAUUAUGAUUAUUAUUACCAUGGAGACAGUGUUAAAAAUGAUUAAGCACACCACGGUGCCUUCGUCAUAUUAAGUCUGCCGCUGAAAGUGCUUUCUUCUGAUCAAGCACCCCAAAAGGAGUUAAAUCCUCCCUAGUAGAGAUCCCUAGAUUAGUAGAGCUCCCUAGAUUAGUAGAGCUCCCUAGAUUAGUAGAGCUGCAUUUCCUGCUGUCUCGCAUCUCCAGUCAAAUGUGCUAGCCAAUCCCCAGAUGUACUGCCAAACCAAUAUGCUUCUUAGCACUCUUCUCACCUAAUACACAAGCUUACAUCAACAUCUAUGUAUCAGAAAAAUCACUUCAGAUGAGUAGGUAAGGGCAAGACCUCUGGGGCUACAGCCCAGGAUAUGGCCAUGAUGAUAUGAAAAUGUAUCCAUACUCAAACAUCACACUUUUCUGAAGUCAUUGUUGAUAUUGUUACUUGGAUCACAAUUUUUAUAUUUCAGACCAUGUAUGACUGCAGACACUGGAGAAAUACAAUACAUGUAAUAAAAAACUAUUUAUUGUUUUGUCUUUAGACACUGGAAGGAACACCACUGUAAAAUAAAAUGGCAAACGUCUUUUCUUUAA